AUGGACUAUCAGAAUCGCGCCGGCUCCAAAUUCGGGGGCGGCGGUGUCGCCUCCCACUCCGCGACGAACGCCGACCGCCGUGAACGGCUGCGCAAGCUUGCGCUCGAAACCAUCGACCUAGACAAAGACCCCUACUUCUUCAAAAACCACGUCGGUUCCUUCGAGUGCAGACUCUGUCUGACGGUGCACCAGAACGAUGGCUCGUACCUCGCCCACACGCAGGGUCGGAAACACCAGACGAAUCUGGCGCGACGUGCGGCACGGGAACAGAAGGAGAUGCAGAAGGACGGCAACCUCACGGGUGCGGGCAUGAUGGGCGUGCAGGUGCGCAAGAACAUGGUCAAGAUCGGGCGCCCGGGGUACAAGAUCACCAAGAUCCGCGAUCCCCUCACGCGGCAGGUCGGCCUGCUCUUCCAACUCCUGUACCCGGAGAUCACGCCCAACGUGCAGCCGCGCGUCCGGUUCAUGAGCGCCUUCGAGCAGAAGGUCGAGGAUCCAGACCGGGACUACCAGUACCUGCUGGUGGCGGCCGAGCCGUACGAGACGUGCGGGUUCAAGUUGCAGAGUCGCGAGGUGGACCGGAGGGAAGGGCGGUAUUGGACGUGGUGGGAUGCGGACGCGAAGGAGUUUUGGUGCCAGGUCCUCUUCAAGACGGAGCGCGACGAGAGGUACUCGAACGUGCCGGGGCUGGCGCCGGCAGCAGGAAAGAAAUGA